AUGGAUUUGGAAUUAAAAAGGUAUUAUAAUGAUUUGCUUAAUAAAGUAGAGAAGAAAGAGAAUGACAAGUAUGACAAGAAUAUUAUGGAUGGAAGAAUGAUGUAUAAUUUGGUGAUUGGAAACAAAAGCGCUGAUUUGGAUUCAGUUGUUUCAGCAAUUACUUAUUCAAGAUUAUUAAAUUUGAUUAAUAAUACAAUAAACUUUGACGAUAAGAACAAAAUAUAUGGGUUACAUUUACCAUUAAUAAAUUGCAAUAAAAAUGAAUUAAAAUUAAGAUUUCCAUUAAUUACCUUAAUUAGUUAUUUUUCAAAUAAUCAAGAUAAAGAUUCAACAAAUGAUUUUAAGAUAGAAGAUAUACCAUUUAUAUGUUUGGAUGAUGAAAUUAUUAGUGAGUUGAUACUUGAAAUGGAAAAGUUGACAAAUGAAAAAAAAAACAUGAAUUUUGGACACUAUAUUACAUUGGUUGAUCAUAAUAUAUUGGAUACAUUUCAUAAAAAUUUUAAUGAAAGAGUUGUUUCUAUUGUGGAUCAUCACCAAGAUUAUAUGAUCACAAAGUCCAAGUAUAGAUUAUCAUUGGGGACUAAAAUAGGAAGUUGUACGACAUUAAUUGGCAAGAUUUGGAGAGAUGCUUAUAAUAAAGGAAAGAUUAAUAAACAAACUUUGAUUGAAAAUAAGAUAUUUCUUGAGAUGAUCAUUUGUACUAUAUUAAAAGAUACUUGUAACUUUGACUCAAAAUUAUCAGAGAAAAGAUGGAGUUCUUUGGAUUUAGAAGUUUACAAUUGGAUAUUAGAAGAGUUAUCUUUAAAAGAUAAUGACAAAAAAAACAAUAAAUACACCAACUUUUAUAGCAAUUUUUUAAAGAAUUCUAAUAGAAAUGUGGAUUUAAUAUUUAAUAAUAGACCAAUUGAGUUAUUCAAAAUGGAUUAUAAAGAUUUUGUUUAUAAUAAAAAAUCUGAUAAUAAAGAUAUUAUUGUUGGUUAUUCCAGUUUUGAGAUUGAUUUAUUAAAAAUGAUAAGCCAUUAUAGUUUGGAAAAUUUUCAAUCAGAUGUUAAAAAGUUUAUCAUAUCUAAUAAUUUAAAUUUAUUUAUUAUAUUAAGUAGCUAUAUAUAUAUAAAGGAAGAUCAGAGUGAAGAAGUUAAAAAACAAAUUGUUAUUUCAUAUAUUAAUGAUCACAUACAUGGCCUAGAUAUUCAGAAUCUUGUUAUAAAAUGUUUAGAAUCCAUUCUUCAAAUUACUGAAAUUAAAGUUGAAUCUAUUUUGAUUCAAAAUCUAAAUCAAACGGUUCAGAGCUUUGCUUAA